GUAGUGAAAAAAAAGGUGAGCCUACCACAGUCACGAAUAUAGCCCGGCGUUGCCUAUAAAAGGAAAAAGAACAGCAUCAAGCGACACUCAACCUCUUGAAGACCCAUGAUCAGAUAGGUGCAGUCUCUCUCUCCCGGAUUUCAGACACAAUGUUUGCGAUAUUGGUUUGCAUCCUGACACUGCAUGACGUGUACUCUGCGUGCAAUAUGGUAAGUACUCCUACUAAUUGCUGAAAAGAAAACCACAUAUGUAAUCUGAAACAGUACAUUAGAUGUGAGGGCAAUUACAUGUUAUAGUAUUUAUGAAAGAUCUUAUUCUGAAAGCUUUUCAUUCUUUCCCUUGAGCCAUCUCCUACUGCUGUGUCCACAGUCAAAAAUUUGCCCAAACAACACAGUAGUUCAAGCUGAGAUCCUUAACCAGCACAACGCCUUCCGGAGAGCGGUUACGCCAACUGCUAGAAACAUGCUCAAGAUGAACUGGAGUGAGGAGGCAGCGGCCAGUGCUCAGGCUUGGGUUGACACCUGCUCCAUGGAUCAUGGCCCACCCAGCAGUCGCAUGCUUGGCGAUUACGAAAUGGGUGAGAACCUGUUCAUGUCCUCCGCUUUUAGGAACUGGACUGCAGUAGUUACAGCCUGGAACAGUGAGGUCAAAGAUUACUCCUAUCCCAAUGGAUCUAUCAAUGGUAAACCCAUCGGCCACUACACACAGGUGGUUUGGAACAGUUCAUACAAGGUUGGCUGUGGUGUGGCCCUGUGUCCUGGUUCAGUCUACUUCUAUGGAUGCCAAUACUACAGAGCGGGAAACUACAAAGGAGUGGCUCCAUACAAGGAAGGAGCUACAUGUGCUGACUGCCCCAACUCCUGCGAAAAUAAGCUUUGCACCAAUCCCUGUCCUUACAUAAACAAGUAUUCCAACUGUGACGCCAUGAAAAAACAGGCCGGGUGCACCAAUCCUUUGGUGUACGCCUGGUGUCCUGCCCUCUGCCUGUGCACCUCCCAAAUCUCAUGAAACCACCAGACCUCUUCAAAAUGGUCCACUGAAAGAUAACUUUGAAUGAUUCCUCUGUUGUUUCCUUGUCUAUGAGAAGAUACACCUGGCUGAUCUUUCUACUGUACUUCUGGUGAAGUCAGUUAAUUUGAAAAAUACUAACUAUCACUAAUAAUAUCUUAAUUAUCACUGUAGGUCUAAGGUACAGUUAAAACAUUAAAACAUUAUUCUUAUUCUGGGGGUAACAUAAGGUGUCUAACCUAUAGUAACUAAUGUUAGUUGGAAGCGUAGCAAUUUAUUUUGUUCCCUUUUAUUGAUUUCAAUGUCUUCAUACCAAUUUGACCCCCCAAAAAAUCUGCAUUUGAUUUGCAUGCAAGUUGAAUAAGAAUAUCUUCUACAUUUUGAGAAGGCAAUAUUUCCAUCAGUUACUGUAACAGUGAACAUUUUGAUAAUUCCAUUUCUGCUAAUAAACUACACAGUAAUAUGGUUAUACAGAACUGUAAUACCUCAACACAUUGAACUUUAAGUUGAUUCAGGGCAUCAUUUUAUGUUUGAUGAAAUGCAAGGAAUGCUGCUCAUAAUUUUCUCUAUCAACAUGAAAUGUUUUCACGUGACAGAAUUAUAUAACCCUUAUUGUUUUCCUCAAUCACAUUAAAUGAUCAUGAAGAUUAA